AUGAAUGCGGCUGUACCAGAGCUGUGUUACGAAGACUACGUCGCUCCUGAAGGAGGAAAUGUAGAGUUCCCUCUGGUAGGAACUUGGUUAACGGUUCACUAUGUAGUACAAUUGUUGUCGUAUGAGGGGGUUCGACUGCUGGAAUUUCUAGGACUUAGGUCUGAGAAUUGCCUAGCGUUGAGGGUUGCCUUGGCCUACUUUAGACAAGCGGUAGCAUCAGCAGCUGCUGACCUGCUGCGACUGGGUCCGCUGGCGGUAGCCUUUCAUGGUCCUCAAUGGGUUCUGACGGUUGAGCAUUAUCUUCUAACCGGGGAGGUUUUAGGUCUUGUCAGGAAUUCUGUUGAAGUGCCUUCCUCUUCAUCUGGACCGGUUUUUCCGUAUGUCUGUUGGGGUUCUCCGAAUGUGGUCCAUUACCUUUGGAGGGUCCUUGCAAGUCAGGGUCACUUGGUUUUGUCCAUGUUGGGAGAAAGAGCACGUGAGUGGGCUUUCGUUAGGGCAGUUUCGAGGGAUUUCUUCAGCAACAUGAUCCUUGCGAUUAUCUUGUGGCUGCAAGCCACUGGCACGAGGCGACAGGCCGAUGGGGCCGUGGCGUUUCAAGCUGCAUUUGCCUAUCUCCAGACUGGAGAAAGGGAGUAUCCGUUCCUUGAAAGUGAAGAUGAGACCCUUGAUGACCAUCCCCAUACUGCCCCUAGACCUCAAGAAGUAGUUGUGCAAAGGUUUGCAUACGCAAUCGACGAUCCCUCAUCAGAGGAAUCUUCCUCCUCGACAGAGGAACCGUCUAUUGUAGAUGCUUCUACUGAGUCGUCCAGUGCGGAGGUAGUUGAGGCUGAACCGGCGCUAUCAGAUACAGUUCCUACGGAGCUGUUGAGUCUCGGUCAGGGGCUUGUGUAUCAGGCCGCUGAGGGGGCGCUGGAAGUGCAUUAUGUAGAUGAUGUUCUGCGAGUGCCUUUGGAAGGGUGGUCCCUAGAGGAGGUUGCGGUUGUGGUUCAGUGCCUUCAGACCGGGGAUUGGACGGAGUUUUCUGAAGGGCUCUGCGCGGCGAGUGUGGGUCACGGGAUGCCUGGGUCGAGUAAUGAUCCACCUGGACAUGCUCACAUUGCGGGUAGGCUUCUCAGGGGUUUUCGAAGUGGGCUUGAAGGACUUCGAGGGUUUCUUUGGAGCUUGAUCGUGAUGUGGUUCCUUGUGCAAAGUGUCAGGGGAUACGAGAUAGGGGAUUCGUCUUCUGUUGAAGGGGAUUUUCCUCUUGUGUGGUGUGGUAACGACCCUAGUUCCUGUUCCCCCACUGGACCCCAAGAAGUUGCUCUGCUGAAGGGGUUAGGGUCGAAUAGGUGUGACGGUUCCACUCUAUGGGCGCUAGCUAAGGCAGUUUGUCUUAUAGGGAUCUGGGAAGCUGUACGUUGGAUCGUCUCCAACUGGAGAACUCUCCAACAUGGCCGGGUAGAGGUAGCCUCUCAAACCCAGGAUUUUAAUGUGAUCCAGUUGCCCCUUCCAAAGGGCGUCCCACAUCGGGACCGGAUCCUUUUCUCCCUGUGGAUUGCGGGAUACCAAGUAGAUGCCGAGGCCUGUGAGUACUCUGACAGAGUUCGAAGUGGGUUCCACGGGCUCAUUGGGGAUUACCUCUGUAGGCUUGAGCGUGACGGGCUUGGGUUUUCAGACGAGGACUCUUUGUCAGAGACUCCGGAGAGCGAGCACAUCGACCGGUAG